AGAGGAAUAAUUCUGUUUUUCUCUCAGUUUUUGAUCUCCACAGUCAGGCGUUGGGGACCGGCAGUGUGAAUCGCGCCGGCGCCGCACAAGAGGUGUCCUUUUGUGUCUGUACUGUUCUAAAUAUUUGUGCGUCAUUUUUCCCCGUUUUGACGGGGUAAAGGGAAACGCUCGUGCUGUGGGAAGGUAGAGUCCAAAGGGAGUUCACCCGAGAGAAACAUGGCUUCCCUUGUUUUGGUAGACGAUUGCUCGCCCUGAACAGCAGCGGGCACGAGGAGUAACCGUCCUUGUUUUCCGUGGCAAACGAUGGUUUAAAAAUGCGAUGUUCUGUCGAGGCGACGCAUUCGCUUCGCGCAUUACGGGACAGAUACAUGGACCUGUUGCCGGUGUCACGUGCCUCGAUAUCGUGUGUUUGAAUGGGACCUGCGAAGACGGUUUCCGAUCCAGAAGGAAAAGCGUAAAAUGCAGUGAUGCUUCAUGAAGCAUUCCAUGUUCCUACGGUAGAAUCCGCACGUCUCUCCGUCUGAAUAGGGCAUCCGCUUCUUCUUUAGUAUCCACAUACAAAGCCUCAUUCCGCCUGUAUCAGAAAAGUUUGUCAAUGAGUACAACGAUUCAGACAAAUUCGCAGAGUGCUGGUCAACGUCCCCGUCAGCGUUUCCCGUUUCACACAAAACGGGGCCGCCUCGUGAGCGUGAUUUCUACGCCGUACUUGCAGUGUGUUUCCGCGUGAAAAUGGCGACGGGUGCUGCCCCAGCUCCCACUGAGGGGCAUGUUCGCGUUUCACUGCCGGCGUCGUCUCUCUCCCAGUCGGCUCUCCUCUCGGGAAUGCCACUGUUGUAUCACCAGUCGUCGCUGUCCACUCUCUUGCUCGCGACUUCUCGGUCUUCAGAGGGUUUUUCCUUCUCAGUGCCCACACAGCUCCUCCUUCCCGAUGGUGGCAUCGCUCUCGGUUUGCCGCCGUCCUCGUUGCUGCCCUCUCCGGCAGGGACCAGCGAAAGCAACACCCCCAGUGAGGAAGACCGUGUGAAUCGCCUUCGGCAAGGACCGGUUUCCGUGUUUGCCUCCGAAUCUCCGGAAAAGAAGGUUAGGAGCCAGAGGUCUCGUCUCUUGCUCCUUUUGGCGACUCUGCUAACUCUCGAGUUGUUGAGUAUCUUCGCCGUUUUACAAGGAAAGGACGAGUAUCCUAUUUUCCCAGAGGGUUUGCGCAUGCGCCUGCACGUUUUCGGAGACGUUCGCGCUUCGCCGUUCCGCUAUUCGUUCUACAUCGUCUUGCUGGUCUUCUGUCUCUUUUUGCCCGUCGCGGUGGCCGGGGCAGUAAUUUUCAAUCGCCGACAGAUGUGCGCCAUUGCGGAGAGAGAUGCAAAUCCACUGGGAGGCGGCACUGCCCAAGCUUUUCCUUCUGUGUUGCCCUCGGUGGUGAUUUCUGCAUGCGUGGUUGUGCUCACGGGGAUUUGCAUUUUCGCAGGUCUGUUUGUACUCGAGACGUACUUGGAUCUUCUUGUUGUUGCUCUUUCUCUAAUGUUGCGUGUGGUUCUCAAUCGCCUGAACUACCUGUGCCUUGCUCCUCAUAUCUUUCUUGUUAAGGCGAACAACAGUAUGCCAUAAGGGAGGGAUGGUGACGCGUUUCGUUACAUCCAUACGGGAGGCACAGAGGCCUUUCAAAGGGCUCUGUUUUUUUAUGCACUGUCUGUGCUUCAAGAUUCUGAAGUAUUUCUUUUUAAACAAGCUGAUACUGUUUUUCACGUACUGGAAACAGUAUUUGGAAGGGCGCGCCGUUGGAUCGAGUGCGCCUGCGACAAACUUUGACCAACGUUUCGAACCUUGAUUCGCCCCUAAGCAGGUGUUCAAUCUGCGCUCAGCACUACGGGGCACGUAUUCCAACACGAACGCAGAGCUCGUUUACCGUAGCCUUUAGUUCAUGAUUGGUGAACUCCACCUUCCCGGUUGCACGGGGCGGCUAAAAGUAUUGGAUGUCAUUAUUGUGCCGCCAUUUAAUUUUGCUUGGAGUACACGUCCACCUCAAAUAUAUAGCGAUAUAUAUAUUGGUGUUCUGCGAAUUCAUUCCGGACGCCAGCGUUAUAGGCACACCGUGUUCAAUGUUUCGCUGGUAUGGACAUGCAUGGGUGGGUCUCUUGGGUCACAUUUAGACACUUUGUGCCAAUAACGUCUUGGAAUAGAUGCCGCAACCAGAUGCAUGGAAACGCGUGAGAAAUGUUCAUCCCUCGAGCCUCACAGACCUUGCAGGAGCAACUCCACUUCGUCUUGAUCUCCAUGGAGGGUGUAGCGAAUAUUGUCGGCACGACUGCUCCGGCCGCUAGCGAUACAGCGACC